AUGGAUGACGAGGAUACGGCCGGGUAUCGGGAGCUCUGCCCUCAGUGCGCCGCCGUGGACUGGGGCAUCUCGGACGAGGGUCGCUUCUACUGCAGGUCCUGCCACAAUGUCAUCGAGAGAACCAGAGAGGUGGUGGACAUGUCGUUUCUUAGCGACACCAGCAGAAUUUCCUGGGUCUCCAGUAAAUCCAGAACCAAGAAGCCAGAGCGCGGCCACGUCUGGAUGCUGAGUGAAGUCUUCCAGUUUAUCCUGAAGAGCCAGGCCGACGCUCUGCUCAGGCUGGGAGUCAGUCCUCGGUUUAAGGACGAUGUUCUGUGUCAGAUGUGGAGAAUUUAUCUGCAGAAGAGCCAGCAGGGGUACACCAACAACCCGGUUAACAGCUUAAAGUUCAGAGGGGAAGCGUUGGGCUCUGACUCGGACAGCGCAGCGGAUUCUGUUCUGUCGCAGAGCCUCUCUAACACCGGGUCCAAUGUUCCCAGCUCCGCAGGUUUUAACUCAGACACCACCAGUGAUUGGUUGGGAUCCGGGCACAGCAGCACGCGUCCGACGGCUUCAUGGAAGCGGAGUCGCUGCCUGAUGACCAUGAAGAAGACUCUGGCGCUGAUUCACCUGGCUCUGGUUUGGAGCCGCGAAGCGCUGACGCUCAGCGACCUGCUCAGGCUGGUGAAAGAUGGUCACGUUCCUUAUGUGACCGCCUACGAGCAACUUCCCGAGGAGAUGAAGCUGGUUGGUCAGGAGGCUCUUUUCUUCCAUGUCGAGACCAUCCCGUCUCAUCGCUCCGUCCACAAAGAGGCGCAGGGCCUGCUUCUCUUCCUGCAGCUUCCUGCCUUUCCUCCAGUCAGCCAGCAGACCUUGCUCCACCCAGCGCCACUCUGCCUGCGUUACCUGACCGACGCCAACCUGCCCGACCAGCUGCACAGGUGGGUCUGCGUCCUGAUGGAGCGUGCGGAUAUGGCCGAUGAGAGCUGCCACACCGUGGACCUGGCCUCGCAGCCCGACCUGCCGGCGUACGACCUGCAGGCCGCCGCCCUCCUCAUCGUCACCAUGAAGGUGUUGUUUGGACUGGACGACCAAACCGAGUGGGAUUUAUCAAACAAGGCUGGUUCCCAGGACGACUCAGAGCUGUUCAGCUUCAGGAAGUGGUACCGACUGGUUCAGGCCGCUUUGACCCGGGCUCAGCAGAGGAGGAACCAGGACAUCGCCAGGAAACAGUGGAAGGGAAAGAAUGUGUUUUUCACGAACAAGAGGGACAAACAUUUCGCGAUAAAGAAGAGAAGAAUCUCCGAGAGUAUCCAGAUGUGCUUUAAGAGGCUGUCUUCCCAACCGGCCGCCGUCCAGGACGCCGGACCCUCCAGCUUCCUGUUCUGCUGGGGGGGCGAGGACGGGUCGGACGGGUCGGACGGGUCGGACGGGCCCGGCCUGCACCACCUGAAGCUGGACGGAGUCGUCUCCCCGAACCGCGGCUUCGUGACUCCCUGGAACUUCAAAUACUGGCAUCCGCCGCUCCGACCCUGCAACCCCCGGACGUGCAGCAGUCAUUACGGCGAGCUGGAGCCGACGCUGCCGCGCUCCUUCGUCUGGCUGCUGCAGCUCUUCGCCUUCAUGCUGGACGUGGAGCCCUGGCGUCUGUUCGACGCGGUGCUGGAGGUGGAGAGGCGGGUGUUUGGCGUCAAAUCGCCGCAGAGCGGACAGCAGAUCGAGAUCGAGGAGAACGCCGGGAAAUGGAGGAGGAGAAGGACACGGACUGAGAAACAGACCAGGACUCAGAGUUGAGAUCCAGUAAGGAAACCGAAAAGCUGAACUAAAGGAAGAAAACA